AUGGUAUCCGCAUUUUUCUAUGGCACCUUGAUGCAUCCAGAAAUAUUGAAACGAGUCAUCGGAAACGACGGCAGCCAACUUCAAAUGUGCCCUGCUCUCUUGCCGGACUACACUAGACACCAGCUCAAGAAUGAGGAUUAUCCUGGUAUCCUGCCGUACUCGCAAAGUCGAGCAAUGUUCGAUCACGACCUCAAUUCGGAAGAGAAAUCGGUGCGAGGUACUCUGGUGACCGGUCUAUCGGACGCAGAUGUUCGACUUCUUGAUAUCUUUGAAGGCGACCAAUAUACAAGAGUGUUGGUGUCUGUAUACCCACUAGGACCGCUGGCCAACAUACGGGACAUACCACCGAUUGAGGUGAAGUCUCUGUUGCCCACGACGCCUCCCCCGAUCACUAUGCUAUCUGAAUUAGCGAACCCUGUAGAGGUAAAUACCUACGUAUGGUGCUUUCCCUCUUCAGAACUCCGGGCACAGCUGUGGACGUUUGAAGAAUUUGUGAAGUUUAACGCGUGGAAGUGGGUCGGGCCAGCUAACAACGAGUACUUUGAUGAAGUGGAUAGAAGAAACGCUAUGGAGGGUAUAUAUAUUGAUGCGAGAGGUUAAGCUUUCCUUGAAGUACUCGCACAAGCAGUCAGAUAUAUGUAAUCGGUCAACCCCGCAAUUAUGAUCCAUUGAAAAACUC